AUGCCCGCCGGCCUCCCGCAGCCCCCGCCCGCCGUCAGCGCCCCCGGGAGCGCGAGCAUGGCCCCCGCCGGCCCGCCGCUGCCCGGGUGCCGGCCCGAGGGCGCCCGCCCGGCCCCGGGCGCCGCCGCCGCCGCCGCCGCCGCCGCCAAGGCUCCGCCCGCGCGCGCCCCCCUGGGCCCUCUGGGGGUGACCCAGGUGGCGCCCCCGCUCGCCGGCGGCCCCCAGGUCGUCGCCGUGAAAGCCCCCGGCGCCGCCCUCCAGCUGCCCGCGGGCCUGCAGCUGCCUCCAGGAACAGUUUUGAUCAAAAGUAACAGUGGUCAAUUGAUGUUGGUAUCUCCUCAGCAAGCUGUAACAAGAGCUGAGACAAGUAACAUAACUUCAAGGCCAGCUGUACCAACAAGUAGUACUCAAACAGUCAAAAUCUGUACAGUGCCGAAUUCUAAUUCACAAGUAGUUAAGAAAGUAGCGGUGGCACCUGUUAACAAAUUGGCACAAAUAGGAACUACUGUGGUAACUACUAUUCCGAAGUCUUCCUCAGUACAAACAGCAGCAAUGUCGACCAGUGUUGUCACAGUUACACCUAUAAAACCAUUGAUGACUGUAACAAACCUGAAGUCCUCAAGUUUGGGAGUAUCAUCCAUAAAUGCAAAUGAGCCCAAGGUCAAAACAACUGCUCAGAUUAAUCUUUCUCCGACAAUGCUAGAAAAUGUGAAGAAAUGUAAGAACUUUCUUGCAAUGUUAAUAAAACUGGCAUGUAGUGGGUCACAGUCUCCAGAAAUGGGGAAGAGUGUAAAGAAACUGGUGGAACAACUUCUGGAUGCAAAAAUUGAAGCAGAAGAAUUUACUAGACAACUGUACAUUGAACUCAAGUCUUCACCUCAGCCUCAUCUUGUUCCUUUUCUUAAGAAAAGCGUGUCAGCCUUACGACAACUCAUGCCUAACGCCCAAAGCUUUAUUCUGCAGUGUGUUCAGCAGACAUCUAGUGAGGCUUGCAUUGUUACGUGUACAGCAACACCUCCUCCUGUGGUGACAACAAUUUCAUCAGUCCAGUCUGAAAAGACCUCGAGUGUUUCUGGAGUAGCACCACCCAGAACUUUGUCAAUACAAACUCUGAAUCCAAUUCCUGGUCCAGGAGGAGCAAAAACUGAAGUUGUGACACUUGAUUCUGUAGGGUCAGCUACUGUAUCAGCAGGAAAAACAACCACUGGAACUAUGUUGGUUCAGACUCCAAAGCCACUUACGACAUCGCUCCAAAAUACUGUUAAAGCAGUCACAAUUCAGCCUGAAAAGCCUGUUGUCUCUGGGGCACCAGUAACACUAACUCUUCCUUCUGUGACCUUUGGAGAAACUUCAGCAGCAGCAGUUUGUCUUCCAUCUAUGAAACCUGUUGUUUCUUCUCCUGGGACCACAUUUGACAAGCCUGUUGUUGGUGCUCCAGUCCAGAUCAAACUGUCCCACCCAGGCCCCAUCCUUUCACAACCAGGUGGCAUUCCACAGACAGUUAAAGUCAAACAACUAGUAGUCCAGCAGCCUUCAGGAAACAUUACAAAACAAGUGAACACACUUUCCCAUUCCUCAGCAUUGACCAUUCAGAAACCUGGACAGAAGAUGCAAGUUACCACUGCAAUACCUACCAGUCAGUUUCCUCCAGCUUCCAUUCUAAAGCAAAUUACCUUGCCAGGAAAUAAAAUUCUGUCAUUUCAAGCGUCUCCUAUUCAGAAAAAUAAAAUAAAAGAGAAUGGAACAGUGUUCUUCAGAGAUGAAGAUGACAUCAAUGAUGUGACUUCUAUGGCAGGUGUCAACCUUAAUGAAGAAAAUGCCUGUGUCUUAGCAACAAGCUCUGAAUUGGUUGGCCGACUUGUUCAGUCAUGUAAAGAUGAACCAUUCCUUCUCAUUGGAGCUUUACAAAAGAGGAUUUUAGACAUUGGUAAAAAAUAUGACAUUACAGAACUUAAUUCUGAUGCUGUGAACUUGAUCUCCCAUGCAACACAGGAGCGAUUACGAGGCCUUCUAGAAAAACUGACUGCAAUUGCUCAACAUCGGAUGACAACUUACAAGGCAAAUGAAAAUUACAUCCUGUCAAGUGAUACCAGGUCACAGCUAAAAUUUCUUGAAAAGCUGGAUCAAUUGGAGAAGCAGAGAAAGGAUUUAGAAGAAAGAGAAAUGCUACUUAAAGCAGCCAAGAGUCGUUCUAAUAAAGAAGAUCCAGAACAACUGAGAUUAAAGCAGAAAGCCAAAGAGUUACAACAGUUGGAGCUUGCUCAGAUACAGCAGAGAGAUGCCAAUCUGACAGCUCUUGCAGCUAUUGGACCAAGGAAGAAGAGACCGCUGGAAUAUGGAUCAGGAAGUGAGGGCUUAAAAGACAAUCUUGCUUCAGGGGCAUCCAGCCUGACAGCCAGCAAACAGUUGCUUCGUCCAAGAAUCACAAGAAUCUGCCUCAGGGACUUGAUAUUCUGUAUGGAACAGCAAAGGGAAAUGAAGUAUUCACGAGAGCUCUAUGUUGCCCUUCUGAAGUGACCACUCCACUCCUUGUCCAGAUCCUUGCUGUUUACUGCCAAAGAAGACAUAAGGAGCAUUGUUGCACUGUCCUGUAAUUUCUGUUCGUAGAAAAAUAACCAUCGAUUUGGAAAAGACCAUUGUUUACAGUUCUAAGCUUUUAUUAUACCAAUAUGUACCAAAGGGUUCUUGAAAGAAUUCAGCUUUGCUAUCUGAAAAUUGGUUAUGAAUGCAGUUCACACAGAAAUAGGCAUCUCCCUAUCUAUGCAUUUAAUUGUAGCACAUAACAGCCAUAUUUGUUACUCCUUGCUUCAUUCGCCAGACUUAGAAGGUGAGAUCUCUUUUUCUAAUACAGCCUGCAUUGAGACACAGAGAAAAUUGAGUGUCACCCCUUUCCAAGGUAAAUAUCUUGUGAACCAAUCUCAAACAAAGGGUUAGGUUUUCUGGACUAAAACCCAAGUUGCUUCCUAGUUAUAACAACUGAAGGUGACACAGCCUACAGCCUAGGGCUUGAGGUGAGUAAGCCCCAGUGGUAUCAAAACUGAAAUGGGGACCAUUUGUGGUUGAGGUUGCUGCU